AUGGCAUCCCGCCCGUCCAACCUUCUCCGUUACCUCCGCCUACCUCGAAGUAAACCGCAUGCAGCACGCGCGUUUUCAACUCCUCCAACUCCGCCAAAGCCGUCGCAAUUGAACCUCAAUGACUCCAGUUCUCGACUGCGCCGAUUCAAUGACCGCCUCCCUCGAUUUCUUCGCGCAUAUACAACACCUCUGUUCGGGGCACCGGUCACUCAUAUCACAUCAUUCCUUAUACUCCAUGAGAUCACUGCUAUAAUUCCCCUAAUUGGGCUGGUUGGUGCUUUUCACUACGGUGUUUGGAUGCCGAACCUUGCUUCAGAGACAGGCGAGUCUAAUGCCUUUGACGAGGGAGCUGCGCGGUUUGGUCGUUGGCUGAAGAAGAAAGGUUGGGUCGACGAGGCGGACGUAGAUACCGUUGCAGGGCAUGGGGCCACUGAGGAGACCAAGACCGAACGCGCAGGUGUGCGAUUAGUGCUGGAAUUUGCGACGGCGUAUGCAAUUACGAAAGCUUUAAUGCCGGCCCGGCUGGCGGCAAGUGUUUGGGCUACGCCGUGGUUUGCAAAGACAGUCUUUACACCAACAGCGAAGCUUGCUCGAAAGCUGUUCAAGAGAGGUUGA